AUGGGGAAGUCGAGGGCGCACACGGCUGAUAUUACAGUGCAGGAGUUUCCUGGAAACAUCAUCAAUAACCAGUUCGUUCCCACAUCCAAGACGCGUCGUUCCGUCAAUCCUUCCACCGGCGAGCCACUGUACGAAGUCCCUUAUGCCACCCAGGAGGACGUAGAUGCUGCCGUAAAGCACGCCCGCACGGCAUUUAAAAGCUGGUCCAAGGUUCCCUUUGAAGAGCGCUCGCGACUUCUUCUUGCUUAUGCCGAUGUCCUCGAAGCCCAGCGCUCGCCGCUGGAGAAGCUGCUCGUGCAGGAACAGGGCAAGCCAUUGGAACUGGCCAAGGCGGAGUUCGGCAUGAGUCUAGACUGGCUUCGGGGUUUUGCCGCGAUGGAAGUCAAGGAUGAAGUGCUCGACGACAACGAGGAGCGGACUGUUACCCAGACAUUCCCGCCAAUCGGUGUCUGCUGCGGCAUUGUCCCCUGGAACUGGCCUAUCCUGCUUGGCCUGGGCAAAGUUGGACCAGCGCUGAUCACUGGCAACACGAUCAUUAUCAAGCCAUCGCCCUUUACGCCGUACUGCGACCUGAAGCUCGGCGAGAUCGGCAUGAGCAUUUUCCCACCAGGUGUUUUCCAAGUCCUCAGCGGAGGCGAUGACCUCGGCCCCAUGCUCACCGAGCAUCCUGACAUCGAUAAAAUUGCCUUCACCGGUUCCAGCACAACCGGAAAACUGGUCAUGCAGAGCUGUGCUAAGACCCUCAAGCGCGUCACACUCGAGCUUGGGGGUAAUGACCCGGCAAUCAUUUGCGAGGAUGUCGACAUCGACGCCAUCGUGCCAAAGAUCACCACCCUCGCGUUCCUCAACUCUGGCCAGAUCUGUAUGCUGAUCAAACGGGUGUACAUUCACGAAAAGAUUUACGACAAGUUCCGGGAUGCCAUGGUCACUUUUGCCAAAUCCAUCAAGACGGGAGACGGAUUCGAGUCGGAUGUGCUCGUUGGGCCAAUCCAAAACAGCAUGCAGUGA